CCAACUUCAGCAGGGUUGUUACCCACUUGUUCUCAUUAAUAGGGUUGCGAUCACCUUGUAUCAAGGUUUGUCAUUGUCAACAAGGUUUGGAACACACAUAGAAGUGAAUCCAACCGGACCUAGGGCUGGAUUACUUAAAGCAUGGCUGCAUGAAAAUCCUAGGGAGGUUGAUAUGAUAUUGGAAGGAAAGACAUACAACAAUCUGAAUGCAUUUGCAAAUCCCCUUGUCAAAGAUAAGACCUCCAUUUCUUCAUUACAUGGCAUCUUAAACCAGAGCCAUGUUGCAUAGGUAACAGACACAAUUAGCCUUGCAAAUCCUACAGAAGGAGGUUAUUACAUAGGUUGUGACUAUUGUAAUCGAAAAGUAAAAUGCGCCGAAGGGAUGAAGUUUCAAUGCAUGUAUUGUGGCAAAAAAAAUGGAACAACUGUUAAGAGGUCUGUGCUCUGCACCGUUGUGCAUAUAUCAUGAAUUUUGUUCGAUAAAAAUGAUAUUUUUUCCCAUUUCAUAUAUAGGUUCAGACUUCAGAGUAGCAGCAACGGUUACUGAUGACACAGGGUUUGUGGACGUGACCUUGUUCACAAAUGAUAUUCUGGAAAUCGUGAAACAUACCAGCCUCCAACCUUCGGGUGAACUUGAAUUGGCUGCCCUCGAUAAAGAAAUUGCCAACUUGUCAUUUGUCUUGGGACUACGCCGCAUUAAACAAGAUGAUGAGUGUUUGCAACGCAAUGCUUAUGGAAUUUUUUGCCUCUGUAAGGUCCCCACACCAUUGGUAGAUUCCCCAGAUGACCUUGAGGAUAAAACCGACGAGUCUCAGCAGCAGACAAAAAGAAAGUUGGAUUUUCUUCAGACCGCUGCAAGUGUGCCCUCCGGGGAAACUGGAUCCCCCAGCACCCAUGCCGAACUUUCCGUGCCUCAACUGAAAUCCAAAAUACAGAAACACGCAGCAACUUCCCCUAAGCUGGCUCAGGUUACUAAUAAAAAAAAACCUGCCACUUUCCCCAUAAUUCACGUUAUUGCUCUUUGUUGUGGAUUUGUUGUUUCAGCUCAUUAACUUAUGGCCUUUUGCGCCCUGUAUAUAUUCUCUUUUGCUGCAAGAUGAAACUUAUGCCUAUAAUUGAUUAGAAAGUAGAUCACGGUUCGUCCCUCUACUUUUUGAUACAAUUAUAGAUGUUUUUGCACUACCUAUGUUGCCCCUUUUGUGCAAUUGGUUGGAUAUGCUUGCCCAACUUGUUGUAAUAUGUAAUAUACUUAUGAUUGGUAAAAUCCAAACCACUCUUUUGUCUAUGCGUUGCCAUUUCUUUCUCUUGGUUUUUAUUACAUUGCAGGCUGUUGUGCCCUUAUACAUGUUGGGGGUGUUUGGUUGAGAGCUGAUCGGCCAAUUUUUGGU